AUGCAAUAUAAUGGAAAAUCACAACAAUCUAUUAAUAAAAUUAAUUGUAUAAUUGAAAAGAAUCAAUCAAAUUCAAUUAUUAAUAAAUUUCAAGUUGCUAGUCCAUAUGAUGAUUAUGAUGAUAGAUUGAAUUUUUUAGAAACUAUUGAAAAGAAUAGUGGAUUUUAUAAUGUUUUAUGUGAAUUAUUCUUACCUAAUGGAUAUCCAGAUUCAGUUACAACCGAUUACUUUGGGUAUCAAUUUUGGGAUUCAAUUCAAGCACUUUGUAGUACAAUCACAGGUACAUUAGCAACUAGGGCAAUUCUUAAAGGAUAUGGUGUUGGUGAUUCAUCGGCAACGGUUGCAUCAGCGACUACUCAAUGGUUAAUUCGUGAUGGUAUGGGCAUGAUUGGGAGAAUUGUAUUUGCGUGGCGUAAAGGCACAGAUUUAGAUUGUAAUUCAAAAAAGUGGCGUUACACAGCCGACAUUCUAAAUAACAUUGGUAUGGCAUUCGAGAUGAUAAGUCCGCUAUUCUCAUCUCAACUCUUUCUGCCACUAUCAUGUAUCGGACUAAUUGCCAAGAGCAUUUGCGGUGUUGCCGGUGGCUGUACGAAAGCGUCACUAACUCAACAUUUUGCUAAACGUGAUAAUUUAGCUGACGUCUCUGCAAAAGAUGGCUCACAAGAAACUGCCGUCAAUCUAGUUGGAAUGCUCCUUAGUGUUAUAGUCUCAAGUUUUAUCAAUGACAAUACCUCACUAAUCGUCACUUGGUUAGUAUUUCUAUUUUUUACAUCGUUACAUUUGUUUUGCAAUUAUCGUGCAGUCUCUGCUGUCCAAUUGAAAUCAAUCAAUCGUUAUAGGGCAUACUUAAUUUAUGAUUACUUUAUUCACAAUCAAGGUUCAAUACCCUCACCCUCAGAAAUCUCAAAAUUAGAGAACAUCCUCUUUUCUAUCAAAGAGCUUGAUAUUAGAGUUGGUGUCUCAUUAUGUAACAUAUAUAAAGUACAACAAAAACAACAAAAAUUAAAUAAUCAAUUUUUACAACAAAAAUUAAAUAAUAUAACCAAAACAAAAAAUGUAAAUAAUAAUAAUAAUAAUAAUAAUAAUAAUAAUAAUAAUAAUAAUAAUAAUAAUAAUAAUAAAAAUAAUAAUAUAAAUAAUAUAAAUAAUAAUAUAAAUAACAAUAUAAAUAAUAAUAUAAAUAACAAUAUAAAUAAUAAAAAUAAUAAUAAUAAUAAUAAUAAUAAUAAUAAUAAUAAUAAUAAUAAUAAUAAUAAUAAUAAUAAUAAUAAUAAUAAAAAUAGUUUAGAAAUUAUUAAAAAAAUUAAAAAAUCAAAAUCAUUUAUAAUUUGGAAAAAACAUAGUCAAAGAGGAAAUAAAAUUUUAGAAAAAGAUUUCACAUUAUUAAUUGCUUUAUUGAAUGGUUCAACUACAAGAGAUAUGAUUGAAUCCUAUUUUUACGCUGUUGAAUACUUUCAUUUGUCAAGUGUUCAAAUUCCACCAACAAUCAAUAUAUCUGGUACUUUCUUUAAGAGGUUAGAAGAAAAAGGGUGGGAUCUUGAUAGAGCUUUAUUAAAUUCUGAAGGUUGGACAUUUGGUAUUUAA